ACGCAUCCACUAAACCCCCACGUUCACGGCUAAUUCCAUUCUCGCUUUCCCCCAAUUCGCUUUCUUUUCCCCCUUUCCUCGCCUCUCCGCAACCGCCAUUGCCAAGAACCUCACCUCGUCUUCUCCUCCUUCUUCUUCUUCGGCGGCGGCGAUGGAGGACGGCUGCAGCAAGGUUGUGAGCGGUGGUGGGAGCGGGAGCUGCGGCGGCGGCGCCAAGAAGCCGUUCCACUUCGCGCGGUCGCUGACAUACCACCACCACCAGGGGCACCGGGUGCUGCCGCCGGCGGCGAAGUGGAGGCGGCACCAGCUCGCCGACGAGCCGCGAGCGCGGCCCAAGGACGUGGUGCUGUACACGACGUCGCUGCGCGGGGUGCGGCGCACGUUCGCGGACUGCUCCUCGGUGCGCGCCAUCCUGCGGGGGUUCCGCGUCGCCGUCGACGAGCGCGACGUGUCCAUGGACGCCGCGUUCCGCCGCGAGCUGCGGUCCCUGCUCGACGCGCGCGGCCGCGCCUUCUCGCUCCCGCAGCUGCUGGUCGGCGGCCGGCUCGUGGGCGGCGCCGACGAGGUCAAGCAGCUCCACGAGAGCGGCCAGCUGCGGCGCCUCCUCGACGGCGCCGCCGGCCAGGACCCGGCCUACGUCUGCGACGGCUGCGGCGGCGUCCGCUUCGUCCCCUGCACCGCCUGCGGCGGCGGCCGCAAGGUGUUCGUCGAGGAGGAGGAUCGCGUGCAGCGCUGCGGCGAUUGCAACGAGAACGGAUUGGUACGCUGCCCUAAUUGCUGUUCUUGAUCGCCAAAAAACACAUGAUCUUUCCAAUUCAAUUCGAGCUGCUAAUUACUAAAGGAUUAGAGGCUUUAGAAUCAAGAACAGAGGCGCCUUUCGGUUUCUGGGUGUGAUUUGUGUUCAUCCGAUUCAUUUGGGGGAUUGGAUUUGCUGCUCAUGGAUGAGAGAACGAAUUGUUCUUGACUCCUUGAUGCAAAAAUUGCCAUGAGGUGUGGCGAUUGAAAAAAAAUUAAUAAGAGCCGAUGGCUGCAUGUAUGUAUUGUAUGUAAUAUAUAUGGGAGAUUGUCACUGAUAUUAACAUGUAAAUACAUGAGUUUGGGUUGUGUAUAGUUCUUGAUUAUCCUCA